AUGGCUGAGAACUACCCGCCACAGGACGAAGAUGCCUUUCAAGAAGAGGAGGAGGUUGAUGAUGCCGGCUAUAAAUCUGUCAAAGAUGCCGUUCUUUUCGCUAUCGAGAUCAGCGAUUCCAUGCUGGAGGCCCGGCCGGCAUCAUCGGACAAACAUGCUCCAGAGUCUCCAGUAAAAGCCGCCAUCAAAUGCGCCUACAGCUUGAUGCAGCAGCGCAUAAUCUCUCACCCAAAAGAUAUGAUGGGCGUGCUAUUCUUUGGAACGGAAGCGUCAAAAUUUUACACGGAGAACGAAGAAAGCCGAGGGGACCUUGCCUACCCCCAUUGUUACCUAUUUACGGACCUGGACAUUCCCGAUGCAGACGACGUAAAAAAGCUACGUGCAAUGGCUGAAGACGAGGAGGAUGCGGCCAACGAAAUUCUUGUCCCUUCGAAAGACCAAGUUACGAUGGCUAAUGUGCUCUUCUGUGCCAAUCAAAUCUUUACAUCCAAGGCCUCCAACUUUCUUUCUCGGAGACUUUUCAUAAUCACAGACAAUGACAACCCACAUGGAACCGACCGUGCCAUGCGUUCCGCUGCCACAGUUCGAGCUAAGGACUUGUACGAUCUUGGAGUGAUCAUUGAGUUGUUCCCUAUCUCCAAGCUAGAUCACGACUUUGACAGGUCGAAAUUCUAUGAUGACAUAAUUUACAAAACAACCCCUAGCGACCCGGAAACUUCUGGCUUGCUGCCAGCCUUGUCACAAGUUCCGACCUCCGGUGGCGAUGGCAUUUCGCUGCUGAAUUCCCUCUUGUCUUCUGUGAAUUCGAAGUCUGUUCCUCGUCGGGCUCUUUUCUCAAAUGUCCCAUUGGAAUUUAGUCCAGAUUUUAAGAUAUCCGUCACUGGAUACCUCAUUUUCAAAAAGCAGGAGCCAUCCAGAAGCUGCUAUAUCUGGCUUGGCGGCGAAAAGCCCCAGAUUGCACAGGGCACGACAACUCAGCUGGCAGAGGACACCGCACGGACUGUUGAAAAAGGAGAGAUUCGCAAGGCGUAUAAAUUUGGUGGGGAGCAAGUCUCCUUCACCAUCGAAGAACAACAGGCGCUACGCAAUUUUGGCGACCCCGUGAUUCGCAUCGUAGGGUUUAAGCCGAUAUCGUCGCUUCCAAUCUGGGCUUCUACCAAACAUCCUACAUUCAUAUACCCAUCUGAAGAAGACUAUGUAGGGUCGACCCGAGUAUUCUCGGCUCUUCAACAGAAGCUACUGCAAGACCAAAAGAUUGGGAUCGUAUGGUUUAUUCCUCGACGGAAUGCGGCGCCUGUCUUGGCCGCCAUGCUCCCUGGCCCAGAAAAACUGGACGAAAACAAUGUUCAGGUAACUCCACCAGGCAUGUGGCUUUUACCUUUGCCCUUUGCAGAUGAUAUCCGGCAAAAUCCCGAGACAAACCUGGUAGUCGCUCCGGAGCCACUGAUUGAUCACAUGAGGACGAUAGUACAACAGCUACAACUUCCCAAAGCCCAGUACGAUCCUCACAAAUACCCUAAUCCAUCUUUACAGUGGCAUUAUCGUAUCCUGCAGGCACUCGCAUUAGACGAAGAUCUGCCAGAACAGCCAGAGGACAAAACCAUUCCCAAGUAUAGACAAAUCGACAAGCGAGCGGGUGACUAUGUUGUGGAAUGGGGCGAGGAACUCGAAGCACAGCAUCGCAAACUGUUUGCCGAACAGCCCAAAACCUCAACGCUAGCUAAGAGAGGACCAAAGGCGACGGAGCCCCUGGCUGAAAAACCUUCGAAAAAGGUCAAGACUGAGGAUAGUGAUCAGACUGCGAACGUGCUGAAACUUUACCACGGUGGGAAUUUGUCAAAGCUGACACUUCCGGUGCUUAAGGAAUUCCUGACCUCUAAAUCACUAUCUACUACUGGAAAGAAGGCGGAUUUGAUAGAGAGGGUAGAGGAGUACUUUGAUAAAAAGGGAUAG